AUGCUUCGGCGACUGGGUGCAAAUGCCAACAAGUUGGUGAGGCCGACGAACCGGAAUGCCGUGGCUGUGGCCCGUCGCCAUCUGGAACCCAUGAGCACGUGGUACUUGGCCUCCUGGACGUUGGUGUGGUACUACGCUUUCUUCUUCUGGAUGCCGAUGGUGUGGACGGAUCUGAUGGUGCCUUCAUUUGUCUACAACAAACUUCCCGUUAUCCACUUCGUGCAGGAGAAGCGGGCGGAGCAGAAGCUGCGUCGCGUGCUCGACGAGACGUAUACGGAGUGGACUGAAGAACUCGACACGGCGCACAUCACUGACGCCAUCGCACGGUCCUUCAAAGUUUAG